AGAGAAAGACUGCAUCUUUAGUAGAUCUGUUAAGAUUGAGGAGGUUGGAAAAUGGCCAUUGUUUGAUGUGACUCUUUGUUGUAGAGAGGACAUUAUGGUUAUGCUGAAGAUUUCAUCUUUCCUUGCUGUUUAUGCCUUGGUUAUGUGCCAGAUGGAUAGCUCCCAGGCAACCCCACUCAGACCUGGCUUAGACUCUAUAACGGAUCGAGUGACACUCAGUGAUUACGAAGCUCGGCGGUUAUUAAAUGCGUUGGUGAAAGAAUUUGUUCAGAUGACAGCGGAAGACCUGGAACAAGCGACUGAGGGGAAUAGUGUAACAGCACAGAAAAGGGCAUGUAACACAGCAACCUGUGUGACCCAUCGUCUGGCAGACUUCCUGAGCAGGUCAGGAGGAGUGGGCAAGAGCAACUUUGUACCUACCAAUGUGGGAUCUAAAGCUUUUGGGAGGCGAAGAAGAAAUGCUCAAAUAUAAACAUCUGAAUGACAUCUGGAAAAUGAUUGCCAUGAAACUGAAAUGUUAACUCCCUUUUGUUUCUAAUGAAAGCAACUCUUCUCCAUAAAUCAAGAAGGCCAAACAGAAGACUCAUUUUUUGCAUCCUUCUAAUAUUUAAAAAUGUUUUGUUAAAAACAAAUGAAAGCACUUCUGUUAUGUAUAGUACAAAACAAUCUAAUUAUUCAAGUUAAAUUAUUGUAUAUUCUUUUUAUAUGCAAUUCUAUUUCAAAUAAAAUGUGAGAGCAUCUAUUAUUUAUUUAUCUUCUAGCAUAUAUGUGAAAUGUGACCCAUGCUAUUUAUCUGGGCAAUACUGCCAAAUCUCGGGGAUUACACUAAAUUGCUGCCUGUCAAGGCAUAUCUGUAAAAUAUGGUGUGCUGUGCCUUGAUGUAAAACAUUUAACUAACAUGAUUGUACAGUAUGUUUAAAACACUUCAAUAUUGUAUCAUUUGUGAAUUUAAGCAAGAUUAAAAAAAGUAUUUUAGAUA